UUUAGUAUUAAAUGCUCUGCCCGGAGCGAAUUUGUCCAGCUUAGUUGCAGAUAUGAGUAUUAUUCUCUGCCUUCUGUCCCUUUGUUCCUACCCUUUAGCUAUUCCAUUCAUUAAAGCAUAUGAAAUAAAUGUAGAAUCGCAUGAACUUGAUAGGGUAACUAAUCUUCCUGGCCAACCUACAACUCCAUCAGUCUCACAAUUUUCAGGUUACAUCACUGUCAAUAAGGAUCAUGGGAGAGCCCUUUUCUACUGGUUCUUUGAAGCUCAAUCUGAACCAUCCAAGAAGCCUCUUCUUCUCUGGCUCAAUGGAGGACCUGGAUGCUCCUCAAUUGGGUAUGGUGCUGUUGUUGAAAUAGGACCUCUUACAGUCAACAAAAAUGGUGAAGGACUGGAAUUCAACCCCUAUUCCUGGAAUAAAGAGGCAAAUUUGUUAUUUGUGGAGUCACCAGUCGGAGUUGGUUUUUCUUACACCAACACAUCUUCUGAUCUCAGCAUAUUAGAGGACAGCUUUGUGGCUGAAGAUGCCUACAAUUUCUUGGUAAAUUGGCUGCAAAAGUUCCCGGAGUUUAAAUCUCAAGAUUUCUUUAUAUCAGGAGAGAGUUACGCUGGCCACUAUAUCCCUCAGCUGGCAGAGCUCAUCUUUGAUCGAAACAAAGAUAAAAACAAAUACUCAUUUAUCAAUCUUAAAGGCUUUAUUGUGGGGAAUCCGGAAACCGAAAAUUAUUAUGAUUAUAAGGGCCUUCUGGAAUAUGCAUGGAGCCAUGCAGUCAUAUCAGAUCAGGAAUAUGACAAAGCAAAAAAUGUUUGUGAUUUCAAGCAAUUUUAUUGGUCUGAGGAAUGCAAUGAGGCCAUGAAUGUGGUCUUCCGAGAUUACAAGGAGAUAGAUAUUUACAACAUUUAUGCCCCCGCAUGUCGCCUAAAUAAUACUCCCUCCAUGGCUCAUGACAGUAAUAAUAGAGGCUCCGAAUCAGUUCCUGAGGGUGUAAGUGAUUUCAGACUGAGAAGGAUGAGGCUUUUUGGAGGCUAUGACCCAUGUUAUUCAACUUAUGCAGAAGAAUAUUUCAAUAGGAUAGAUGUUCAGUCAUCUUUUCAUGCUAAUUUUAAAGGAGGAAACACUAGUGUUGCAUGGAAGACUUGCAACGACUCCAUAUUAAAUACAUAUAACUUCACCGUUUUCUCUGUCCUUCCCAUCUACACGAAACUCAUCAAGGGUGGUCUCAAAGUGUGGAUUUACAGUGGGGACGCGGAUGGCAGGAUUCCAGUGAUAGGGACAAGAUAUUGCAUUGAAGCCCUUGGAUUGCCGCUCAAGUCUAGCUGGCGAACUUGGUACCAUGAUAAUCAGGUGGGAGGAAGGGUAGUGGAGUAUGAAGGGCUAACAUAUGUGACAGUAAGAGGAGCAGGACACUUGGUGCCACUCAACAAGCGUAGUGAGGCUCUCUCCCUCAUUCAUUCUUUCCUCACAGGACAGAGUCUCCCUGCUCAUCCCUGACCUCCUACUCAUUGAGUUAAUUUAUGUUUCUUUUUUGUUUCAUGUUGUGAUAAAUAUUAUUCUAAAUAAAUUCCAAUGAACUAGUUGGUGAAAAGAAUGGAAAAUUAAAUCGAACAGUCACUAUAGUUUUACACUCA